AUGCGUCUCACCGAGAUAGUUGCGGUUGGGUUGCAAGUAGCUGGUACGGUAGCUCAACUUGGGCCACGAAGAUCGCUACCAUGGCUUCAGAAAGAUUCUUCCCUACGCCUCCAUAAACGAGACGCCCCAGAUCCAUCCGAUCUAUAUCCCGCGCACACUCUCUCCGUCCCAGUGGACCACUUCCACAAUAGCUCCCUCUACGAGCCCCAUUCAAGCGAGACCUUCCCCCUCCGCUACUGGUUCGACACCACCUACUACAAGCCCGGCGGUCCCGUCAUUGUGCUCUCCGCCGGCGAGACCUCCGGCACCGGCCGCCUGCCCUACCUCCAGAAAGGCAUCGUCGCCCAAUUGAGCAAAGUGACCGGCGGCAUCGGCGUCAUCCUCGAGCACCGGUAUUAUGGAGAAAGCUUCCCCGUGCCGGACCUGUCGACCGAGAACCUGCGGUUCUUGACCACCGAGCAGGCGCUAGCGGAUACGGCGUACUUCGCGGAGCAUGUGCAGUUCCCUGGCAUUGAGGAGAAGGUGAACCCGCCGUACAAGCCGUGGAUCGCGUAUGGUGGGUCAUAUGCCGGAGGAUUUGUCGCGAUUCUUCGAGUGCUGUACCCGGAUACCUUCUGGGGUGCUAUCGCUUCCAGCGGCGUCACCGCAGCGAUAUACGACUACUGGGAAUACCACGAGCCGAUCCGAAAGUACGGCCCGAAAGACUGCAUCGCCAAUGCGGUGGACUUCGUCAAAGUGAUCGACCACGUCCUCCUCGGCUCCGACGAGCCGGCCAAGCAAGAGCUAAAGAAGAUUUUCGGCAUGAGCGGCAUCGAACAUUCCGGGGACUUCGCCACGGUGCUCGCAUACGGUGUCUGGGGAUGGCAAGGGCGGAAUUGGGAUCCGGCGAUCAAUGAUGGGUCGUUCGCGGAAUACUGCGGGAACGUCACCGCCGACUCGAUCCUGUACCCCGACACCGCCAGCCUGAAACCCGCCGUCGCGAAAUUGGCGUCCUCCGCCGACGUCUCUCCCAAGAUCGUGACCCCGCUCCUGAACUUGAUCGGCUAUACCCAAAUCUCCACCCUCGCGCCCUGCGCGAGCAGCGAACGCACGCAGGAACAGUGCUUCGGGACGUACAAUAGCACGUACUACGCGCAAGACUCGCUCGACGACGAUUGGCGCGCCUGGCCGUAUCAGUACUGCACGCAAUGGGGGUACAUCCAAACCGGCUCCGGCGUCCCUGAGCACAUUCCCCCGCUCGUCUCCCGCACCCUGGAUCUAGAGUACCUCACGAUCGUCUGCCGUGAGGCGUUCGGAAUCACCGGCCCGCCGGACGUCGACGCAAUCAAUAAGUAUGGCGGGUACGAGAUCGCGGCGGAGCGGCUGGCAUUCGUGGAUGGGGAGGCGGAUCCGUGGAGGCCGGUGACGCCGGGGGCGGACGGGGCGCCGUGGAGGGAGAAUACGUUGGAGCGGCCGUGGUGGAAGAUUCCUGGGGGAGUGCAUCAUUGGGAUGAGAAUGGGGUGUUUAAGAAUGAGACGGGGCCGGGAGUGCCGUCGAAGGAUGUGAGGUGGUCGCAGGAGUAUGAGGCGAAGUUUGUGAAGGAGUGGAUUUGGGAAUGGAAGGGUUGUUGUAAGAAGGAAGGAUGGUGUUGA